UGGCUGCAUGUUGCAUGUUUCAUAGUGACCAUGAACAAUGCCCUGCUAUUGAUAUGGUUCUUCUUGGGUUGUGGGAAUAGCUGGCCAUGUCACCCAGGUUUUAGAUACGAUCCAAGUCAGAGGUGCCCAGCGGAUCUGGACUCGGGAGGUGGAGGCGGGGUGGGCUUGGUGCAAGUGGGCUCGCAGGCCAUCAAGGUCAACGGGACCACGGGCUCCAUGGAGGUUGCACCCCAAGUCGUCAAGCACUUGGCCAUUUUGCAGACUGCUUCAGGAUCAACAGCAUUUGCGAAGAGCGGCUUGGGAACCAGCGACAGUGCCGUUGUGCUUCUGGGCAUGGUGUGCAUUUUGGUCAUCUUCUUGAUAGCGGGUUCUCAAAACGGUUCCUCGCAGGAGACCGGGGAAUCGCGGCUGCAAAACUUCUAUCAAAGGGCAACCUCCUGGGUGAUGCCAAGAUUGGAAGCCUUACAAGAAGUCCUUCCUUGCAUCAGCACCAAUCUAGUAGGGCCCUCGGCGGACAUGCCGCUGCUGAUUCCCAUCAAGGCACUGGAGGAAAGGGAAAAGCUUCGGAAGACAAUGAGCCGAUUCGCAGGCUGGUCCUCGCCCGAGCUGCCCCAAGAUGUGGCAUGGCAGUUUGACAUCACGAGCAUGUACGGCAAGAAGGUCUUGGCCGUGCAACAGAUGAAGUUCCAGGAUGGUCAAUAUGGACCAAUCCAGGUGCUGGGAUAUAGCGGCAGCGGUAAGGGCAAGUGCUUGGGAUCUAUCGAUCGCAGGCUCCAACUCCUCACUGGAGAGGGCGCAGAGUUUGGGCGUCUCGUCCGCAAGCAAUCUGGUGCCUACGAGUUGAAGGAAUCCGACACGGGACGGCACCGAUGGUUGGUCCAGGCGAACAUGAAGUUUCAUGGCCAUGAGUACUUCACCGUGACUUGGAGGCCUCGGCGCCGCUUGUUGUCCACGGUGAACCGGGGCGAAGACCAGCUGUCGGAGUACAUGAAGGUGAUGCCCACCCCUGGGGUGGAUGUGGUGCUGGUCGUCCUUUGCUGUAUUGGCCUCUUCGUCUUCAGGAUUGAUGCUCAAGAGCAGGCUGCUGAAGUGCCGGAGGCAGAUCCCGAGGAUGCCGAGGGGAGCGGCUUGGCAGGACAGUUGCUGGCCUCCGCUGACUGAGUCAUCUGGGGAGCGCUCCCUG